UGGAUGGAUGUAUACAUAGAGCUGCUGGUCCUUGUCUAGUUGCUGAAUGUCGCAGUCUGAGCGGCUGUGAAACUGGACAAGCCAAAAUCACUUGUGGUUAUGAUCUACCAGCAAAAUAUGUCAUCCACACUGUGGGACCUAUAGCUCGAGGGCAUAUUAGUGAUAUCCAUAAAGAAGAUCUGGCAAAUUGCUAUAAAACCUCCUUGAAACUGGCAAAAGAGAACCUCAUCAGAUCAAUUGCUUUUCCAUGUAUCUCAACAGGCAUUUAUGGUUUUCCAAAUGAGCCAGCUGCAGUCAUCGCACUUACCACAAUCAAGGAGUGGUUGAGCAAGAAUGAUAAUGAGAUGGACCGUGUUAUUUUUUGUGUAUUUUUGGAAGUUGACUACAAAAUUUACAAGAAGAAAAUGAAUGACUUCUUUCCAACAGAGGGAGCUGAAAAGAAAAGUCACUCUCCUUCACCCGUGAAAUGCAAAGCCAAACUGUCUGAGAAUCUGGAGGAUGACAAUGAGGGUGAGAAUGGCACAGAAGUGAAGCCAAGCAGUGAUGAACCAGAGCAUCAGAGCCAAGAAACAGAUGAGGCAGUAUCUACAAUUCCAAGCAGCCCAGCAGAUGGAGAAGAGAACCUGGGCAAGGAAAAAGAAUCCCCAGAUACAAAAGAGCCUAAUCCAGUGCCUCAUGCAACUUGUGAAGAAGAUCAAGCUGAUGGACUGCAAGAUGAUUCCUCAGAAGUUGAAAUGAAUACUCAGGCAGAUUCUCAGAUCUCUUACAUGGAAGCUGAAGAUACUUUGAUAACCCAGGAGGAGACAGUAAAGGAAGAGAAACCUCAGGAUCCUGAAGUAGACAAAACUAAUCAGGAGAGCAAAGAACAAGAUAAAGGUGCAGAAGAAGAGAAAGGAGAGCAGGUGAUCGAUUCCAUGCAGCCUGAAGGGCAAUGCGAUACAGAAAACAUUUCAAGUAUUGAUGUUGAAAUGAAUAGUCAAGUUGAAAACCUAGAAGAGCCUACACAAUCACAGACAGAAAAUUAACCUCAGGGUAAGUUAAUUCAUCUUUCCUUUCCAUUAUAUGCUAUAGUUUUUUAAUAAAAUACAGAAUAACAGAGUUGGAAGAGUCUUGCUCAAGCUGGAGACCCCAUGCCAUUUUAUUGCAGCUGUUCCACAUGUAAUAUUUUUAUAGAUGUUAUAGCUAGGAAAACUAAUGGAAUCUCUAUGCAAAACAAAAUAUGCCUAAAAAUAUGAAUCUGACUUGAAUUCCCAAAUUCAGUGUUGAAAGGUAAAAAAAAAUCUCUAUGACACCCUUGCUAGCCAAAAAAAUACACUAGAAAUACCCCCCUUCCACACAUUCCACAGAAAAAAGUCUUCCCUGACCUAUGUGCAA